CACUUUUAAUCAUCAAAACACGCCACGUGCCAAACUCUCCACUGAAUCAAAGUCGCCAAACGCUUCAGUCGCUAUUUCAUGAUCGACACGAAGGCUCUCUUUUGGCGAUUGCAACCACCACCUAAGAAGAACGGCUACGUAAUUUGACUGUACGACUUGCGAAAAAAGUCGAAACCUUUUAACGAACCAGACCUAAAAAUGACCGCUACGACAACAUUAAAGAGUUUCAACUACUUGUCUUUAAUUAACCAUCGACUCAACCACAACUCCUACGCUAUUCUCUCCUCUCCUCUUCUUCCUCGAUCCCACCCAGCUUCUACUUCGUUUUCCAAUUCUGGGUUUCGAUUCUUCCAAUCUAACCAUCUCUUCUCUUCACAGUCUGGUUCACUCAUGGAAGUGUUUAAAGCAGCUUUUUCAGAAGCGUCUAAUUCUUGUGAUAGGAUUGCGAUUAAAGCCGAUGGAAAGAGUUACUCUUAUGGCCAGCUAACAUCGUCUGCUUUGAGGAUAUCUAAAUUGUUCUUAAAAGAUGAUACGACAAAUGGAGGUCAAGAAACUAAGAAGUAUGAAGGGUUUGGUAGUCUAAAAGGAGCUAGAAUCGGAAUUGUGGCAAAACCUUCAGCUGAGUUUGUUGCAGGAGUCCUGGGGACAUGGUUUAGCGGUGGUGUAGCGGUUCCACUUGCACUCAGCUAUCCUGAGGCUGAACUCUUACAUGUCAUGAAUGAUUCGGAUAUAUCUCUGUUAUUGAGCACAGAGGACCAUAGUGAAACUAUGAAAACCAUCGCAGCAAAGAGUGGUGCUCGAUUUCAUCUUAUUCCUCCUGUUGUUAACUCAACUUCGGAAACUGUUGCUUGCAAUCAGUUUCAGGAUGACAGUUUUGAAGCAGAAGGAAAGUUUCUAGAUGAUCCAGCAUUGAUCGUCUACACUAGUGGUACAACUGGUAAGCCAAAAGGAGUUGUUCAUACUCACAACAGCAUCAAUUCCCAGGUUAGAAUGCUCACUGAAGCUUGGGAGUACACAUCUGCUGAUCAUUUUCUCCACUGCCUCCCACUACAUCAUGUUCAUGGGCUUUUCAACGCUUUAUUUGCUCCUCUUUACGCACGGUCUUUGGUGGAGUUUUUGCCCAAAUUUAGUGUUAGUGGAAUCUGGCGUAGAUGGCGUGAAUCAUAUCCGGUGAAUGAUGAAAAAACCAACGACUCCAUAACUGUAUUUACUGGAGUUCCAACCAUGUACACUCGGUUGAUACAAGGUUAUGAAGCAAUGGAUAAAGAGAUGCAGGACUCGAGCGCUUUUGCUGCACGGAAGCUUCGCCUAAUGAUGUCUGGCUCCUCUGCUCUCCCUCGACCUGUCAUGCAUCAAUGGGAAAGUAUCACAGGUCAUCGUCUUUUGGAAAGAUAUGGCAUGACUGAGUUUGUAAUGGCAAUGUCAAACCCCUUACGGGGUGCACGAAAUGCAGGUACUGUCGGCAAACCGCUUCCUGGUGUGGAGGCUAAAAUAAAAGAAGAUGAAAAUGACGCAAAUGGAGUGGGUGAGAUAUGUGUUAAAAGCCCAUCUUUGUUCAAGGAGUACUGGAAUCUUCCAGAGGUGACUAAAGAAUCAUUUACGGAAGAUGGAUACUUCAAGACGGGAGAUGCUGGAAGAGUGGAUGAGGAUGGAUAUUACGUGAUUCUAGGACGUAAUAGCGCUGACAUUAUGAAGGUUGGAGGAUACAAGUUAUCUGCCUUAGAAAUCGAAUCAACCCUUCUCGAGCACCCUACUGUUGCAGAAUGUUGCGUGUUGGGGUUAACAGACAACGACUAUGGAGAAGCCGUGACUGCGAUAAUUAUAGCAGAGAGUGCAGCAAAGAAGAGAAGAGAGGAUGAGUCAAAACCUGUAAUAACCUUAGAAGAACUGUGCGGUUGGGCUAAAGACAAGCUUGCUCCUUACAAGCUACCAACAAGAUUGCUGAUAUGGGAGAGCUUGCCUCGCAACGCCAUGGGAAAGGUGAACAAAAAAGAGCUAAAGAAAUCUCUGGAAAAUCAAGAAUAAAGACAACCAUGGAUUUCAUUGCUACUCCUUGUUCUUUUGAUUAUAUGACACGUAUGCAUAAAAUGUAAUUUCCUUCUUUCCUGUAUCAUGUACUUUGACUCAAUAAUGUCAAGAAUCAAUACCAAAUUAACUAUUUGAGAAGUAAAUCUUUGUUAUAUACUAUUUCUUUGUUUAGUGUGAAGAACAACAAAAUUGUAUAGUGUGAAAGAAGGAAAGUUGAC